AUGCUGGGCGAUGACAACGCCGUUUUUCUGCCUAGCAGGCCAGGACCCGGCAGAAUCUCGACCAGACAUACCGAAGGCCUCACUUGCGAACGAAGCCCUCUAUCUGCGAAUCAUCAGUUUGCACCGGCGAACCGACGGCAUCCUUCUUUUAUUCCUGGGCUUCCCCCCGAUCCAGAGCGCACCUGCCCGCCGCGACAACCCUGUCCUGCCGUUUGA